AUGCAACACCUUCCAUCCAUUCUCAGACCUCCCAAACCAAAAUCCCUAAUCUCUCUCCUCUCAUACCCUGGUCCUCUCUCUCCCACCUACAGCAACUUUUCACUCUCUCUAUUGGAAACCCACAGACACCCCAACCAUUUCAACCAAAUUCUCUCUCUUGCCAUCACUUCAGGCCUCUUCACAGACCCAUUUGUGUCCAGCAAACUCCUCCACCACUCCCUUUCUAAUUCCAAUUUUUCACUCGAAUUCUCGCACACCCUCUUUUUCCAGAUUCAAAACCCUAAUAUCUUUGCCUGGAGUUUCAUCCUCCGAGCCUUCUCUCAGAGCUCGGUUCCAGAAGAAGCAAUUGUUCUAUACAAUCUCAUGCGGCGAAAAAACAUUGUCCCCGGUAAAUAUGUUUUCCCUUUUGUGCUUAAAGCUUGCGGGCGAGUAUUGGGUCUUGAAAAAGGCCUAGAAAUUCAUUGUUUGAGUGUGAAAAUGGGGCUUGAGUUCGAUAUUUUCGUUCAAAACGCGCUAAUUUCAAUGUAUUUUCAAUGUGGGUUUGUUGAGUUUGGUAGUAGAGUGUUUGAUUUGGUUCCGGGCUGGAUUCGGGAUGUGGUGACUUGGAAUAGUAUGAUUUCUGGAUAUUUACAGAGUGAUUCUUGUGAAAAAGCAUUGAAGCUGUUUGGGGAAUUGUUGUGUGAUAGCAAUGUAAGCCCUAAUGAGGUGACUUUAGUGAGUGCUAUAACGGCAUGUGCAAGGAUUGGAUUGCUUGAUUUGGGGAGGAAAAUUCAUGGGUUAAGUGUGGUUAGUGGGUUUGUUGUUGAUGUGUUUUUGGGUUCUUCUUUGAUUGAUAUGUACGCAAAAUGUGGGCGAUUAGAGGAUGCUCAAAAGGUUUUUGACAGAAUUACAGAUAGAAAUAUAGUAUGUUGGACAUCAAUGAUAGCUGGCUAUGUUCAGUUGGAUUUAUUUAAGGAAGCGAUAGAGUUGUUCAGGGACAUGCAGGUUGUUGGUGUUCAAGCAGAUUCUGCAACCGUUGCUUGUGUUGUUUCUGCAUGCGGGCAUUCGGGAGCAUUAGAUCAGGGGAGGUGGGUGCAUAGCUAUUGCGAAAGGAACGGCAUUGAGCAAAACCUUACGGUAAAGAAUGCUUUGAUUGACAUGUAUUCUAAGUGUGGCGAUAUUGAAAAAGCUGUUGAGAUUUUUCAUGGGUUGAUGCGUAGAGAUGUUUAUUCAUGGAGUGCAAUGAUUUCUGGGCUUGCCAUGAAUGGACAGUCUGUCAAAGCAUUGCAAUUGUUUUCACAAAUGGAAAUCUUAAGUGAAAUUAGGCCAAAUGAGGUAACAUUUCUUGGGGUCUUAUCUGCCUGUAGUCAUGGCGGAUUAGUGGAUGAGGGGUUUUACUACUUGGAAACAAUGGCUCAACGCUAUAAUCUUACCCCUCGCAUUGAACACUACGGGUGUAUGGUUGAUGUUCUUGGUCGUGCAAACCUUUUGGUCGAGGCUGAGAAGUUUAUCAGGUCACUGCCCCUUGAGCCUGACAUUAUAAUGUGGAGAUCCCUGCUUUUUGCUUGUAGAAGCCAUGGGAAUUUGGAAUUGGCAGAAUUUGCUGCCAACAAAAUAGAGGAAUCGGAACUAGAAAGAUGUGGGGCACAUGUUCUAUUGUCCAAUGUUUAUGCCUCUGCCUCAAGGUGGAGCGAUGUGAAGAGGGUAAGGAAAGGUAUGGCUGUUCAGGGUAUCCAGAAGCAGCCAGGUUGCUCUUUUAUUGAAAUAGAUGGUAUAGUUCAUGAAUUUUUGGUUGCUGAUGAUUCCCGUUGUCGGAUAGAAGUCAUAAGAGAAUCGAUUUUGGGGAUUAAUAAAGUUCUGCGAUCUGAAGUGUUUGACCCAGAUAUCUUGGAUUGUUAGCUGUAAUGUGAGUGACUUGG